AUGAAGACGAAAAAUGAUUAUGGAUCAUUUCAGGGCGUUCGGCUGCACUCUUGGCCGCUCUCACUCGCCACUAAUAAGAGAGGCCAUGACUUUGUCUUGAAUCGAUCUCUCGGACCCGGUAUGAUAUUCUGUCCUUUCUCUCCGGCUUACGUCGCCAACUCCUCUACAGUGACAGGACAUCAACUCUCUUCCAGUGAGGAGUCCUUACACUCUCGAAGAAACCCGGCAUCGUUUGAUCACAUACCCAAGUUCAACUAG